UCAUGGGUAACAUGGCCGCUUGCACAACCAUCUCAUAUUUUACUUAUCUGUAGCUGUUUUUUUCUUGCUCCAUUAUUCGCUCGAACUUGCUCGGAUGAAAGUUCUACAGAAUGCCCAAAUAUUACGAGGAUAAAGAGGAAGAUGGUCGCGCGUGCGCUGGAAUAAGAGAGGAUUUCAAAGCCUGUCUCCUUCGGCAUGACUGUGUAGUGAAGGAAGGCAAGAAGCCCAGUGAGUGUCUAAAGGAAGGACAUUGCAAAGGCUUGCAGGUGGCUUUCUUUGAGUGCAAAAGAUCAAUGCUGGACAACCGAUCUCGUUUCAGAGGCAGAAAGGGAUACUGAUCGACGGCCACCAUGUGUUUUGUGUAUAGACUCCAAGCAUCAUGAGUUGCUAAGACAUGAAUGACAGCACUCUUGACUUGUAAUAUAAACACACUGCUUUUUAG